UCAGAGAUACACGAUGCCAGUAGGGACAGAAAAGCAUCGUGCAAUGGAAUUUCAAGAGGCGAAGAAUGGGAAAGAAGCUGUUUAUCUUCAUCUUGCUGGGGCUUCUUUUGAUCUCAUUAUUAUGUACGAUCAAAUGCCCAUCAUGACUGGAAUUCAGGCAACACAGCUGUUACGUAAGAUGGGUGUUAAGAGUCAAAUUGUAGGUGUCACUUCUGAGUCUGACCAACAAGCUUUCAUCGACGCUGGCCUCAACACCUGCAUUCGAAAGCCACGGAGUCUUGCAUAGAUCACUGCAUUCCAACAAGCGAAGAAGGACUGAUAGAUCACAAGCUUGAGACUUUCUGGGUCUCCUUGGUCUGUGUUAGGUCUUUUUUUCAUGGUCCUUUGAUGUAGAGUUGAACUCUACGGAUAAAGUUGUAAAAAAGAAUGAUACCUGCGCUUCAAGUUGAAUAAGGAAGUGUUGCUUGCAAUAGCUUAAGCAUAAAAAGGCUGCUAACACGUUCGCCUUCAGGUUUCUACACA